AUGAUGUGGUCAAUUCUAUCUUUAAUCCUAGUGGUGCUCGCAUCACCGCUCCGUAACCUGUUGUUGUCUCUGUUGACCGGGCAGAGAAUACAGGAGAAAGAAAAACCGCGUGCGGACGACCAUCUUUCGGAAGUCAAUGGUGGUGUGUGGGAACAAUCAUCUGUCUUCACACACAUCGAGCAGGGCUUGAAGAAAAACCCAGAUGGAACGGCAGUAAUCUCAACGUUUCAAACCGCAGACGCUCUUCCUUACUUGGUAUCUGGAGAGAGUAUGACCAUUGCAACUCCUGUCAUUCAAAAGCCUUCUACACCAAAGUCGAGUGUCUCUCCUUUCCAAAAUGGGGCAUUCUCUCCCCUUCAAUUUGGAGCAUUCACACAAGCGGUGGGAAUUGAGGAAAAGAAAAGCGAAGAUCCAGAGCCUUUCGUUCAGGAAAAGCCCAAGGCAAAGGUUGCUUUAGGAUGCUUGAAAAUCACGUAUAAGCAGCUGCAUCUUACCGCUUUGAAGCUUGCCGCAGGAAUGAUGGCCAAUGGAAUUAAGCCAGAUACCACGAUGCUCAUGAUCAUUCCUAAUGGAGGAGAAUACACUCUCCUUCUGUGGGCUUGCAUUUUGCUUCGCAUUACUUAUGUCAGUCUUGACCCUGGAAUGCUCGAUAUUUCCGGCUUCACCUCUCUUAAGGCUACAAUCCAAAUCCUCAAGCCGCAGAUUGUCGUUACCCCUGACGCAAUUACCGGUAAAUCUGUCGACGUCGCAAUCUCGGAACUACUACUACCAAAGCCACUAACACUCUGUCUCUCCUCCUCACGGACCAGUAACUGGAAGCCACUUGCAGACUUGGUGCAUGAGGCGUUAAAAUGUCCUAUUGACGAGGACGCCCUUGUGGCAGCCGCACGUAACGACAAUCCCAAACGUAUUCACUCCAUCAUGUUCACAUCCGGAACAUCCGGUAUUCCCAAAGGUUGUCCAAUGCGCAUUUCGAACAUGUCGCACAUGCUUCAUUCACAGUCAUGGCUCGUCGACGCUGAAACAGGUACAUUUGCUCUCCAACAGCCUCACAACUCACGUGGGAUCGCUCCCGCACAGACCAUGCAGACAUGGAAAGCUGGAGGCGCGGUUGUUAUGACAGGACAGGAAUUUAAUGUCAAGGAUGCUCUCGAUGCUAUUACCAAAUUACAUGUCACUUUCCUUGUCUUGACUCCACCGAUGGUUCACGAAAUGGCCGUGGCACUCGCCACGAACCCCAUCGAUAUCAGUUCCGUCCAAAGAAUUCAAGUCGGAGGAGAUGCCAUCACUAAAGGAUUACUACUCAAGACUGCUUCAAUUUUCCCCAAGGCUCAGGUAUGCGUUAACCAUGGAAUGACUGAGGGCGGUGGUUCCUUCAUGUGGCCAUUCUUUGACACUCCAAUUUCCAGCAUUCCAUUCUUUGGUGAGAUCUGCCCCAUCGGUGUUGUCGCACCAGGAACUACAAUUCGCGUAUGGGAUACGGAUAAGAAUAGCGUUGUGAAGAAAGGCCAAUUAGGAGAGCUACAUGUUACAAGCGGAAGUCUUAUCAAACACUAUUUCGGAGGCAAAUCCGAAUCAUCGUUCUACGAUGAUCACGGUAUACGUUGGUUCAAUACUGGAGAUGUGGCAAUGGUGAACGAGGACGGCUUAGUGUCCAUUCUGGGCCGACGGAAAGAUAUGAUCAAGCGUGGUGGUGUUGGUAUCAUGCCUGCGGCACUUGAGAGCUCCAUUGCGGCUUUCACUGGAUCACAGACAAUCGUGGUUCCCAUCACGCACCCGGUUGUGGGUCACGAGCCUUUCGCAGUUCUCGGUUCAUACAACGGCAAGACUCAGGCGCAAAUUAAAGAGCACGUUCGUAGUAUCUUCGGGAAAGAUUAUGCGCUUGGCGGACUUGCCUCGUUGAAAGAACUUGGACUUUUAGAAUUUCCAGUCAAUCAAACGCAUAAGAUUGUGAAGUCAAAGGUUCAAGAGGAUGUGGAAAGGCAUCUCAGCACAUUGUCAGCAAUGAAGGCUUGA